AUGCCCGUUGUUGCCAAGGAGACCUUCGGAUCUCCCGUCCCGUACGCGGAGCCUAGUUGGUACACCAAGGGCCACAGCAGCCCCUACUAUACUCAGUCCCACGUUGAAUGGCGGGUCAGGUGCCGCAAGUUUGUAGAAGAUGAGGUCAUGCCCAACGUCAGUGAGUGGGAGAAGGAGAAGGCCAUUCCCAUGGAGAUCUACGCGAAGUGCUACAGGGCUGGCCUCCUGCCCAGUUUGGUCGGCCCUAAGGGUUACGACUAUGCCGAUCCCGCCGUUGCUGCCAAGCCCCAAGGCUUCGACUACUUCCACGAGCUCAUCUUCAUUGACGAGCUCUGCAGGUGUGGAUCUGGUGGCGUCAUGUGGGGUAUGAUGGGUGGCCUCAACAUUGGUUUGCCAACUGUGUUAAACUUUGGUACGUCUGAGAUGAAGGCAAGGGUGGCCCCUCCUUGUGUACGUGGGGAGAAGAAUAUUUGCCUAUGCAUCACGGAACCUCACGCUGGCAGUGAUGUCGCCAAUAUCAGGACUACUGCUAAGCUCACUCCGGAUGGAAAGCACUAUAUAGUCAACGGUCAGAAGAAAUGGAUAACUAAUGGUAUUUUCUCCGACUAUUUCUCUGUCGCGGUCCGCACAGGUGGCUCUGGUAUGAAGGGAAUAUCUAUGCUGUUGGUCGAAAGGGGCAUGCCUGGUCUCAAGACCACCAGACUGGACUGCCAGGGUGUGCUAUCGAGCGGCACUACUUUCGUUGAAUUCGAUGAUGUGAAAGUCCCCGUGGAGAACCUUAUAGGUAAGGAGAAUGACGGCUUCAAGGUUAUCAUGUAUAACUUCAACCACGAGCGUUGGGGCCUCAUCAUACAGGCCGUGCGGUUCUCGAGGAUCCUCUAUGAACUCUCGUUCAAGUAUGCACAGAAGAGGAAGACCUUUGGCAAGACCCUUAUGGAACAUCCGGUGAUUCGCUGGAAGUUGGCAGAGAUGUCCAGACAGAUUGAAGGGACCAGUCAUUGGCUUGAAAGCGUUACCCACCAGAUGUCAACUAUGCCGUGGGUGGAAAGUAUGGACGCUUUGGGAGGCACCAUUGCUCUGAUGAAGGCCCACAGCACUAAGGUGUACGAGUACUGUGCUCGAGAGGCGGCCCAGAUAUUCGGCGGUAACGCCUAUACAAAGAGUGGUCUCGGCGAAGUGGUGGAACGGCUUUAUCGUGAUGUCCGUGCUUUGGCUAUUCCUGGCGGCUCGGAGGAGAUCUUGCUGGAUCUGGGCAUCAGGCAGGCUGAUAGACAGUAUAAGAAGGCUAUGAGCAAACUAUAA